AAAAUACAAAAUUAAAAGUUUAAAAGUAUUGCAAACUUAAUAACAAUUAACUAUUAAUUUGUAAACAAGUGUUUAAAUUGUGAUUUCAAACAUCGCUUUCGUUUAAUCAAUAAUUAAAUCGCGAAUCGCUUUAUAAUAAAGUUAUAAUUAAUUAUUGUUUACAAACACUGAGUGUUUUGGUGUCAAAAAACACGUGCUUUUAAUUGAAUUACAAAUUGAUUGCCGAAGAGAUGUCGUCGACAGUGACUGCGGACCAGUUGUCAGCCAUUGGUCGCCUCCUUAACGACGUUAACCGUCCGAUUGGUCAACGAUUUCGGGCGUUGUUUACACUGCGAAACAUCGGCGGAACCGUCAGUAUUGACCACAUCUGUCGGUGUCUUCUGGAGGACGAGUCGGCGCUCCUGAAGCACGAGUGCGCCUAUUGUUUGGGACAAAUACAAGACACUCACGCCAUACCUGUCCUCAACCGAGUGUUGGCCAACACUGACGAACACCCGAUGGUUAGACACGAGGCCGCAGAAGCACUCGGCGCUAUCGGCGCUCACCAAUCGCUGGACGUCUUAAAGAAAUACUUAAGCGAUGGCAACAAAUCGGUGUCCGAAACGUGUUUACUAGCGAUUCAACGGAUCGAGUAUUUGCUGGACAAAACCAAAGACCUCAUUACCGACGGCUCGUCCGUACCGUUCAAGUCUGUGGAUCCGGUGCCACCACUUCGAUGCCAUGAGAGCGACAUAUCAAAGCUCGAGAGUCUUCUAAUUGAUCCAAACAAUGACUUGUUUUCACGCUAUCGAGCGAUGUUUGCCUUAAGAAACAUCAAUACAGACGAGUCGGCCAUAGCUCUGGCCAAAGGUCUUAAAUGCGAGGACUCGGCG